AGUCUCCUCUUUCCCGGCACUCGAUGUCAGAUUCCGGCAGUUUGUCUCAGAAAAUCGUCGGAAUCGCUACCGGAGAAGCCCAUACUCUCGCUCUUACCGGAGAUGGGAGCGUAUAUUCAUGGGGAAGAGGGACAUUCGGGCGUCUUGGAACCGGAAAGGAAUCGGACGAGCUUUUCCCGGUUCGAGUCGGGUUUGAUAGUUCAAAGAAGGAAAGGGUUUCAGCUGAGGAUGGCGCGAGAGAGAGGCCGAGGUUUGUAGGAGUUGCUGCUGGUGCUUACCACAGCCUCGCUUUGGAAGAUGAUGGAUCGGUUUGGUCGUGGGGUUACAAUACCUACGGUCAGCUUGGUCUCACCGUGGAGAAAUCUUCAACUCCCUGUUUCUUAGAGCGGUUCCUUGAGUUGGGAGUUCCUGGUUCAUUGACAGAAGAAUCAAACUCUGACAGUAAAACACCAUUGAAGGUUUGUUCUAUAAAAGCCGGAGGAAUGAUGUCGUUUGCAAUUGACAGUCUCGGGACCCUCUGGAUGUGGGGAAACUGCCCUCCGCAAGGUGACAGCAGCGAUGGAGAGUUCACUUUUAGUAGCAGUUCCACUCCAAUACCCAUUUGGGAUUUCCAUGGCCAUACUGUUGUUAAGGUGGCAUGUGGAAAUGAGCACAUUGUGGCCCUUGUUAGCACUGGCGAAACAUUCACAGGAGGUGACCUUGUGUGCUACUCUUGGGGCAAAAACAACCAUGGUCAGUUGGGCCUCGGGGACAGAGAAAGCAGAACUCGCCCUCAAGUUGUCGAGACUUUCAACGAGGCAUGCCCUUGGGCAGUUUAUGAAAUUGCAUGUGGGGCGUUCCAUACGGUUGCUCUUUCCAUAAGGAAGGUAGACAGGGACAUUGCGGAUGCAUCUGGAGAGAGAGAGUGUACGUGCUGGACAUUCGGUCUUGGGGAGAAUGGGCAGCUCGGACAUGGAACCACCAACACCACAUCCUUGCCGCAACCCGUAGAUGGAUUGCCACAAGAUGCCAUCCUAGUUUCUGUCGACUGUGGAUUAUUCAAUACAUGUGUUGCUUCUGCGGACGGUGAUGUAUGGGCAUGGGGGAUGGAGAAGGGUCUCGGCCUAUGUCCAGAAGCUAGUUUUAGUGGGAUUGACGCAGGGGAUGCACUCUAUCCUUCAUUGAUUCCAUGUGGUGAAUUUCAUGGGAGUAAGUUUGUGGACCCUAUGCAAGUUGCAUGUGGGGCAGCUCAUACUGUUCUUGUCACGGAUAAUGGAUAUAAGCUUUGGGCUUGGGGUAGGGGCCGGAGCGGUGUUCUUGGAAGAGGUAACAUGAUGGAUAGCUUCAUUCCAUGUAUAGCAAUGUGGCCACCUCUCCACAAGGACUUUGAGGAGGAGAAGGGAAUAGAACAGGUUGAUGGGGAAGAAAAGAUUGAAGAAAAUGAAUUUGGAAAAGUGACGGACAUGAAAAAGAGGUUGUCUUCAGUAAUGGAGGACAUGCAGCUUCUUCAAUCGAAGCUGGCUCUCAUGGAACGUUAUGCUGGCAUACUGCAUGCUUGUAUAUUUGGAAAACCUUUUGAGGAGCGGGAUCUGCCAUCAUCGCUGCGGACUUGGGGCAUGUUUACUCUUGACAAGGAAUGGGAGAGUAUGCUAGAGUCAGCGGACCGUGGGAAGCUGAUUCAAAUGCAAGCGUUUUACCGAAAUAUGCUUGCAGGAGUGAAGGACAAGCUGAUGAAAAGAAGAAUAGAGGAGCUGAUUAAGGAAUGUACACGUUCUUGAUCUGUGGUAAGCAAGGUUCUAUGGAGAAUGUGUCCCCCUGUUAUGCAUUUAUACAGGUUGGUUGAAUGUUUCUUCUUUGUUUACUGUCAUCACUUAUCAGAUAGUGAUGUAUUUAUGUCUUACAUGGUUGCCUCCUCUUUCGAACAAAUCAUGUGUUGUGGUCUGUUUGUAUUAUCUGAUAUUGCAAUGUACAAACUACAAAGCCAAUAAAUCAAAAUUUGCAUCUUCCUUAUGGGAGUGUUUCUGUUAA